CUCACAUCUGGUGGGACCGAAAAAGGGGUAGAGGAGACGGAGGAAGGAGGAACCUGUCCUCUUCUCAGUCCUCUCCGUGCACCCUUUUCAGCCAGGUGGAGGAAGGUCCUCCUCUUCUUCCCCACAAAGCCAAGCUCCUUUGAGGUGGGUUGGGAAGAGCCAUGGCUACCUGGAGCCCCACAGAAAGCCUGCAGAGUGAAGCCUCCUGCUCCAUCUGCCUGGGCUUCUUCCAAGACCCCGUCUCCAUCCACUGUGGACACAACUUCUGCCGGGGUUGCAUCUCCUGUUGUUGGGAAGGUCUGGAGGCCCCUUUCUCCUGCCCCCAAUGCCGGCAGACGGCCCCGCAGAAGAGUUUCCGUCCCAGCAGAGAGUUGGCCAAAAUUGCCGAAAUCGCCGGGCGCCUCAGCCUGGAGGUGGGAGGAGGAAGAGGAGGAGGAGGAUGGGAGAAGGUGUGUAGGCAACACCAGGAGGUUCUGAAGCUCUUCUGCAAGGAGGACCUGCAGCCCAUCUGCGUGGUCUGCGACAGGUCCCGGGUUCACCGCUUCCACCCCGUGGUCCCCGUGGAAGAAGCUGCCCAAGAAUAUAAGGAAGAAAUCCAGGCUCACCUGCAGGCUUUGAAGGAGGAGCGACAAAAAUUCCUGGAAAGCAGAAAAAACGGAGCGAGGAAGAGCUCCUCCCUGGAGAAAACCAAAAGCGAAGGGAAGAAGAUCGUGUGCGAGUUCCAGCAGUUGCACCAGUUUUUGAAGGACCAAGAGCGCCUCCUCCUGACCCAGCUGGCGGAUCUGGACAGGGCCAUCACCAGGCUCCAGGAGGAAGCGGUGGCCAAGGUCUCGGAGGAGAUGUCCCACCUCGAGACCUUCAUCUGGGAGAUGGAAGGGAAGUUCCAGCAACCGGCCGGCCAAUUCCUGCAGGACAUCCGAAGACUCUUGGCCAGUUGCGAGACCAUGAAGUUCAACCCUCCGGUGGAGAUCUCCCCCCACCUGGAGAGGAGGCUGGAGGAGUUGGUGCAGAAGAACCUCCUGGUGAGGGGCACGCUGAGGAGAUGCCAAGACAGCCUGAUGUUUCAACUGCAGGAGCCAACCGAGGUGACCUUGGACCCUUCCACGGCUCACCCCAACCUUCUCCUCUCCGAGGAUGGAAGACAAGCCAAGGGUCAACUGAGACAACAGGACCUUCCGGCCAACCCGGAGAGAUUCGACUUCGAACCUUGCGUCUUGGGGCGUGAAGGUUUCACCUCGGGGAGACAUUUCUGGGAGGUGGAGGUGGGACCUGGGGGCGUCUGGGCCUUGGGGGUGGCCCGAGCUUCCCUCAAGAGGAAAGGAGCCUUGAGCUUCACCCCCAAAGAAGGGGUCUGGGGGUUGGAGGCCUAUCACUCCCUCACCUCCCCCCGGGCCAACCUGCGCUUGAACCCCCUUCCCAGGAGGAUCCGGGUCUCCUUGGACUACGAAGGUGGGAGGGUGGCCUUCUUCAGCCCGGAUGACGACGUCCCCAUCUUGGUUUACUCCCGAGCUUCCUUCAACGGGGAGAGGGUCUUCCCCUGGUUCAAGAUGGGGAUGGGGGCUCGUUUGCAAGAAAUCACCCAAAGCCCACCCUCGGAGGACCAGUCCAUGGUUGGGCAACUCAUGUCUCCUCUGGAUUGGGUGGGGUUCAGGUUUCCCCUUCGGAUCUGCUCUGGGGAGGUCCGUCCAUGAAAGGGACAUCUCCUGGGUGCUCCAAAAGAUGGUGCCCAAGGAACUCGUGGCUCUUCCCAUCUCCGUUUGGGGAGACAACACCCGCGUGGUGAGGACGUGGAGAUGGGCCACCAGCAGAUACCCACCAAGGGGAAGAACCAGCCAGGACGAGGUGAUGGAGUCAACCCAGCAGAAGGAAGGGGACGUCGAAGGGUUGAGCGAGCGCUCAGGACUUUCAGAAGUUUCUUUCCCAAAAUUUAGUUUCGCCUUUAAGGGGCCAAAUCCUCCCUUUUCUCUCUCUUUUUUCCAAGGGUUUUCCUUCUGACGCCCGUUGCGAGGCAGAUCUGGAGCUUGUCCUACCAAGGAAGAGGUGGCUUGGUUUGGGGGACCUUCUCUCUUGUCUCUGUCUCCAUUUCUCCUCUUUCUUUGAAUCAAAAGAACAUUUUUGGGGUCACUCUCUCCGUUUUCUGCCUCGUUUUAUCCUGGAUUUCUUCGUUUUUUGGGCUCUGGGAAAGCUGGCCAAGAUGAUGGGGGAACACCUGGCUUCCCUUUCCACCUUCUCCUGGUGGACCUCCUAGGAGGUGUCCCCUAUUGGAGGGAGGGAGGGAAGGGAACCAAACUCCCCCAAAAUAGAGUUUUUCCACCCCAUUAUACACGUCCAACUUCCUGGGUAACUCCCCUUGGCUCUUCAGGAGGGACAAGGACAACCCAUCCCACCAGGGCCUCCUUGGGGAGAUGUUUCCUCAACCCCAAAAAGCAGCUGGAGUUGGGGGGCGAGGGGUGUGUAAAGACACAAAUUUGGGCAUUUUCACCUCCGUUCACUCAAAAACUUGAUGGUUUUGGGGUUUUUUUUCUCUUGAGGGAAGCCCAAAAAGAGGAAGAGGCACCACCCAAGCGAAGGUGGGUGAUGGGUUGGAGAACGUAGACGAGGAACCGGAAGGAAGAGUGGGAGGGGGGAGAGCUCAGAAUAACCCCACCCCCCCACCUCGGAUGAUAUUUUGGGGCCGUUUGUGGCGUUACGACGUCUCCCCUUCAUCCCUGCUCCUCAUCCUCGUCGCUUGGCCCCAUCCCUUGGGGAAAAAGUGGGGAAAAGACCAAAAAAAAUCACUGGGAGGGGGGUUAAAACCAGCUUUUUUUUUAAAUUUUUUGCCUACAAGACCCUUCCCCUUCUUGGGGGGCUUCCACCUUGUGACCCUUCCCUCUGCCCCCCAACUUCUGACAGCCCUCGGGGGACAACCACGUGUGUGUGUCCCCCCCCAGUGUCCCCCAAGACCACAAAAAAAUGGGGAAGGUUGGGUUUUUGUGCUUCCUUUUUCCCCAGGAAACCGGGGGAUCGAUGGGUAGAAAGAGGAGGGGAAAAAAUGAGGCAAAAAGAGAAGACCCCAAGGCACUGAAAUUGGGUGGAAAAGGGGAAAAACUCGGUGUGAGGGUGAUGGAAAAGUGAAGCAAAAAGAGAGGACCCCAGGGCACUGAAAUUGGGUGGAAAAGGGGAAAAAUUCAGUGUGAGGGUGACAGAAAAGUGAAUUUUCCCCGGGUUGGACCUCAUUAAGUAAAGAUGUCCCCGUCCGAGCCCGUCACCAAAAUUUCCCUUAUUUUCCUUCUUUUUUUUUAAUACGGAAAUCUUUGCCGGAUGGAAAUUUCCCACCUGGAAAAACUUCAUUUUUGUUGCUUUUCUUCUUCUAAAAAUCGAUAGUUUGAACCUCCGCGACGUAGAACGUUAAUAAUAAUAAUAAUAAUAAUAAUAAUAAUAAAUAAAUAAAAACCCACUUGUUUUUUC